AUGCCACCCAACAUCGUGGUGGUCAAUGGUGCUGAUGCUAUCGUCCCGAAGAUUCAAGAAGGCCCUGGUACUUUUACAGAUCUAGUUGGGUCAUCUGAAUCCGCUGAGCACCCUAUUGUCGCUGGUAUUUGGCAUGUCUCCGAUUUGGAUGAGACCACUCCAGGCUGGAAGGCAGAUUGGGAUGAGGUCAAGUACAUUCUCUCGGGCGAAUUAGUCAUUAAGAACGAGUGCAAUGGGGAAAUAAGUACGUUGACCGCAGGAAGCUUACUUUGGAUCCCAGCUGGAUCUCAGAUGUCUAUUAUCCGAUCCAAGCGAGUCCGUGUGCUUUACGUUGAGCAGGCUCGACGAGAAGCCGAGUUUGGAAGUGGCUAA